UUGUUGACAGGCCUCCGUUGCUGCACGUUGCUUGAUGCAAAUGUAAAUAGUAUAGUUACAACAUGAGUGUCAGUGUCAGGAUUGUCUCCGCGUGUCUUCUUAUUACGUUAGUCACGGCUGUUCCGGUGCAGAGGGGUGAAAAUGAUAAUUCCGGAGACCUCAAAGCUGAUUCAUCUGAUACUAUAUCUGAGACACUUCUCCCACCAUCAAAUUUAAGGAGACGAUCCAGCACUUUAGCAAGAGAACCUGACCACUCCAUUGAAGUUUUUGGUGAUUCGCAGAACUUUUUCCCAUCAUUUGCCAAUCUUUUCGAGCCAAGGCAGGAAAAUAACUAUAAAUUGGGUUUCGGCAGCCAAGAAGCAGCUUUUAGCCAGCGGCCAAACUCCUACAGAUCCUUAUUAAACUAUCCCCUGUUUGGGGGCUACAGAGCGUUAGAAAACUUCGCCAAGCAAAGUACUCCAGCAGCUGAACCUCUAGUCGAAGCCAGCUCCGGCGUCCUCGGCUCUGGAAACUUUGGCAUCAUCAGAGGAGGAACUUUCUUCGCCCAAAAUGACGAAGACGACUUCAGCGAUAGCCUGUCCUACUACAAUAAUGGCCACGGUAGACCGUCACUGAAUCUUGGCUAUAUAGCUAAUCCAAGGCCCAAUUACAACCGCGACCAGUUCGCUAACUUCAAAGACUUCGCCGAUAUAAAUACACAAUCGAAUUCAGACUAUUCUCACUUCGUUGUAGUGUACGCGAAUAAAAAUGCUACACUAGACGAGGUAAGUGAAGAAACACGACAAGUUGUCGCGAAACCUAAGAAUAUAAUUGAAACAUUGGAGCAACUCGACACGACGGCUCCACCAAAAUUAUCUAAAUCGAAAGCGAAAUUGGCAGCGACGAAACAAAAGAUGCAAUCAAAAAAAGAGCAAUGGAAAAAGGCGAAACUUUCGAUAAAACACGACCCAGAGGAACCAUUAUUAGCGUUAAGUUAAAUGUAGUUACAAAAAGACUUGUUGCGUAAGUGUUAUAAUAAGUUAAGGUUUGCAACAUUUUAUCAAAGACGUGAUGAAUGCUCACUAUCUAAGUUAAUGUGUAGAUUAUAGUGUGUACAGUUGAAUGUCGUUAAAUUUAAGAGUGUGAUUGUGA